AUGGCUGACACUCUUGCCUCCAUUGGCAAGGCUCUUGGCCCUGAGGAGUUCACCUCUUAUGUGCUCAAUGGACCGGGUGAUGACUAUGAAAAUUUGGUGGAGAAUAUCAAUGGUCGUGACACUCCCAUCCAGCCGCGUACUGGGCGCGGAGCACGCCUCGAGCUUCUGGAUGAGCAGCCGCCCGCGUCCCCUCGGAUGUCCGCCGAGCCCGCUCGCGACGCCGCUCCGUCACCUGGCGUGCCGACGGGGCUGGCCGAGCCGAGCCCUACCACCUCGCUCCAGCAUGGGGCUGGCCACGCGCCGGCCGAGCCGGUCGAGCUGGCCGAGCCAGUUUCGCCCAAGCCAUCCUCUGCGGCUAGGGCCGAGUCGGCGUCUUUGCCCGCGUUGGCCGAGCCGGCGUCCACGCCUUCCUUGCCAGGCCGGUCGCUUGGUGCGAUUAGCUCUGCGUCUGGGGAGCGGUCUGCGUCGUCAUCGCCAUCUUCAUCGACCUCGUCUCCGCUGUGA